GUUUCUGUUUUUCACUUUUCUUCAAUUUUACUUCAACAUUUCAGAAAUGUCCUAUUCGACCUAUCUACCGAACAACUAUCACAAUGAUACCAAAAUUUGCAUUAAUGGUGUGGAAUUAUUGAAUCGACAUGAAAUUUCUUCCACUCAAGAUCGAGAGCUUCAACGAUUCAUCGACAACAAUGCUCAUAUAAUUCAAUACCAAGAGAGGGAACUUCCUCCACCGCCUCCUCCACGUAAGACGCCAUCUCACAAAUAUGAAGAAAUGAGAAGAAGUUUGAGCCGUGGUCCAUCUUCAACUCUCGAGCGGUAUAGCUCGAUGGACAAACUUUUGGGAUCACAAAAUCGCGAGAAAAACGUUGAAAUUGAGCAAGGAAUUAAUCCGAGAGACUUACCAGUAUGCCCGAAUAUUGACGGACACAAUUAUACAGCAGAAUUUCCUGGACUCGAAUAUUUAUCCGACAACAAAUUUAUUGAGAACCUUAUCAAAGCCGGUCAGGUUUCCAUCGGAAAUACGGGAAUGAUCAGUCAGCCAGGCUCCCGUGUUGGGUCCGCGAUGAGCGCUCCAUACUCUCAAAACCAAUCCGCAAACUCAACUCUGACCCGUCAAUCGCAUUCUCAAUCUCACACCCUUCCUCAUCAAAUGCCGCAGUAUCAGCAAUAUCAUCGCCACGCGACGCCACCAGCACCCGCACCACAACAUCAAAACAACACCAAUUAUUACACCGAAAAUACGACCUCCACUACCAGCUACCACCCAACAAGUGUAACAUAUGGUAGCUCAAAUGCUAACAGUCAAUAUGGAGGCAGUCAGAGUCAAUAUGGAAGUAUGAGCAAUGUCGGAACUGGAAGUACUUAUGGAACACUGAAAGGUGGCAUGAAGCAUACAUCAACUCUCCCGCCAACAAGCCCAUACAGCAGUUUGAAGAGAAAAGGAGUGAGCUGGCUCGAUCAGGAACGUGCGCGUUCACUGUCUCCAGGUCUACAUCAAUCCACAUCUACAAGCCGACAUGUUCAUCAACAGUACAAUCGUCCGGCUUCGACGAUUCACACAACGACUUACACCACUACUUAUUAACUCCUCGAUAUUCUAUGUAUAAUUUUUUCAAAUUUUUCUUGCAAUUUUUUUUCAGAAAAAUGUUCUUAAAAUUGUUGCACGCCAAUUAUCUUCAAAAGCUUCAAAUUGUGCUCUACGUAACUGUUAAUUUUCUUUUUCCUCUUUUCUCCCCGGUCAAGAAUUUUCUGCCUGUUCGUAUUUUUAUGUGUUUCGUUUUCUUUUCUUUUCUCGCAAGAAUUAGUCGAAAGCAUAUGUGUACAAUAAAAUGUUACACCCCAAACCAAA